AUGGUGGACCUACGCACCCCUCGCAAGUCCUCCAAGGCCACCAAGAUGGACGCGAACGGCGAAACCGCCUCGCUGAAGAAGAGAAAGAGAGAGCCCAAGGAAGAGACGACAACCGCUUCGCAAAAGAGACAACGAUCGAAACCAACCAAGACCCAGCCCUCCGCCAAUGGCACUGUUGAGGAUGCUGCCGACUCCCAAGAAAGCUCCCUUUUUGAGAACAAAGACCUACAAACGACCAAUGGCGACUUGGAACUUCCGGAUGCUUCGAGUGCCUUGACGACGCGCGACACAUCAGCAUGGAAGGUGUCGAAUCCUAUGGGCGGCCGCAUGCUCGACAUCGAUCCCAUAUUCUCCAAGGAUGAACGAUACCUACUCAUUACCUACAACACAUCAAUUCAAGUCUACUCCGCCGAGGAUUCCCUGCUCGUCAGGAGGAUAUCCCUUCCCGUCACCAAGCUCGACAGCGGCGCCGAGCUUUCUUCUCCUCACAUCGUCGCGUCAGCGCUAUCCGCCAGCGCACCCGAUUUCCUCUGGGUUGCCUGCUCAGAUGGCCGUAUCUGGCACCUCAACUGGACGACAGGCGAAGGCGCCGAGACACCCUUUACGAUUGAUGUCAAGAAGGUCCUCGACAUGACCGUGGAGUCGGUUGACAUUCGCGACAAGCAAGAAGAUGUACUCUUCGUCCUCCAGAAGCUCACCAAGUCCUCGGCACAAAUCGUGGCCUACGAUCUCAAGACCCUCCAGAAGAAGACCGGCAAGCUUAUCCACACAUACGACGAGAACCCGCAACUGCUCCGUUCCGCUGCUGGUGGCAGACUCAUCGUUGCUGCCGCAAAGGAGACGUUACACAUUGGCACACUCAAGACAAAGGGAAAGACUGUCAAGUCGGUUGACGACCUCGAAUACGCGUUCCACUCUUUCGGCGUACCAGAUCUGGUCACUUGCCUCGACAUUCGUCCGACUCUCCAAACGACCAAGAAGGGUGGUGUAGAAAUCCAGUUCGUCGAUCUCGUCAUCGGCUGCGCUCGCGGUGCUAUCUACCUCCAUUGGCACCGCAGGGCCGUUCACAGCGUCAAGUGGUCUGAAGAUGGCAACUAUCUGAUCUCCGGUGGUGCCGAAACCGUCCUCGUUUUGUGGCAGCUCGAUACCGGCAAGAGGGAGUUCUUGCCUCACCUUUCAGCAACCAUUGAAAAUAUCGUCGUUUCGCCCAAGGGAUCAUCCUACGCUCUUCAUCUUGACGACAACUCGGCCAUGGUGCUCUCAACCGCGGAGAUGAAGCCCACGACCUACGUCUCCGGUAUUCAGUCUUUGGUUCUCAGCGACAAGCCAUCAAAGGAGUCUCUGGUUCGCCGCGUCUGGAAAUCCGUCGAUGAAAUCUCAACACCGUUGAUUACUACCAGCAACCCUACCAACCCUUCACAAAUAUUUCUCUGCGUCGGCAAUGGACAGCAGGCCAGCUCGACAGGAAAUGCGCCGUCUACACCACUUCUCCAAGUUUUCGAUGUCUCCUCGUUCCAGGGCGUUGGCAAGCAUCCCAUUGCGCGCACCAACCCUACCGAUGCCAACAUGACCAGCCAAGGUGCGCCAAUCAUUGAACCCAGAGUCACCAAGAUGGCCUUCUCUCACGAUGGAAAAUGGCUUGCGUCGGUUGAUGAGUGGCAGCCGCCUGAGAGGGAUCUGGAGCCUCUCUUGACUGGCUCCAAGACCACAUGCGAAGUUUCGCGGGAAAGGAGAGAGAUCUACCUCAAGUUCUGGGAGGUUGAGGCGGAGGAUAGCUCUUUGCAGCUCGUUUCGCGCAUCAACGAGGCGCAUUUCACAACAGAGUCUGAGACCAUCCUGGAUGUUGUCAGCGACCCUGUUUCUUCUCGAUUUGCUUCUCUUGGCACCGACGGUGUAGUGCGGUUCUGGAGCCCCAAGCUGCGCAGGAAAGACGGUUUGGCGUCAACCGGCCCCGAGGGCCAACAGCUCCGGACAUGGUCAUGCUCCAAGGCCGUUGAGCUCCCUGCUUAUGGGCAACUGGAAGAGGCGGUAGAAGUUUCUCCCAAGACCCCUCGCAGCGGCGCCCUUGCCUUCUCUGAGGACGGCUCUGUUCUCUUUGCUGCCUAUGGCCCUUCAUCCGGAGCUGUCGUUGUCGUUAUCGACACGGCUACUGGAGCUAUCCGUGACACCAUCCCUAACUUGUCUAGGGGUGAGAUCCGGGGUAUCGAGGCUCUCUCGUCGUCUCUGAUCUUGCUUUCGGAGGAUCUCACUGUCUACGAUAUUGUGUCGGAUGAGGUGCAGUACAGCUUUGCUCUGAAGGAGACUUCGGAGGCUGCCAAGCAGAUGACCCAUUUGGCGGUUAACCGCGAGUCCCGAUCCUUUGCCGUUGCUGCCCCUAUCCCCAACUCUAGCCAGGAGAAGUUGAAGAAGGGCGCAAAGUCGGAGCUCGUUGUCUUCUCGGUCAAUGAGGAAGUGCCUCAACUGAUCCAGACAUUCCCUCAAGUCAUCACUGCGGUCCUUCCUUCUACCAACUCGGCAGGGUUCAUCGCAGUUGACUCUGCUGCCCAGAUUUGGUCCAUCACCGAAAGCGGAGAGCAGGCACAGAUGCUCCAGCCGUUGGCGGAUAUCAACAUGGAAGAAUCAAAGGCAUUGGUAGCCCCAGUAGACCUUGCCGUUGAAGACGGCGAGGCCAGCGAUGAGGAGAUGCAGGAUGCCGAUGAGGAUGUCGAGAUGGAGGAUGAUGACUACGAUGUUCACCAGGCUGUCGUUGCUCCCCAGAAGCUUGCUGAGAUCUUCAAUGCUGCUCCCGCCUUCGCUAUGGCGCCCAUAGAGGAUAUCUUCUACCAGGUCGCUGGACUGUUCUCCACGAGGCCUUCCACGAUUUAA